AACAAAGGAACGAUCAUACUAGUUCAUCAGCAACUCUCGAUGGAAUUUUACUUUUGAAAUUUACAUCAUCAUCAUCAUCGCAGCCAUUAAUAGUAUAAUUAUAUUAUCCUGAUAAUUUAAAUUAAAUUGGAGAAUUUUGAUUUUAAAGCCUCCUCAUCAUUGAAUAUAUAAUUUAUCAUCAGAUUCUUUAUGAAAUCUAUUGUUAGGAGAAAUAAUUGUUGUUCAAGUGUAUUAUCAUCUAUUCUCCUUCCAGGUUUAUUUGGCAAAUCAUUGAAAAUUAAACCAUCAUCAACAGCUCUACCAACACUCUCCCGAAAAUUAGAGACAAUUCCAUACUCUUCUCCAAACUCCAAAUUCUAUUCCAUUCAUCAUCACAAUAACUCUUCAAAUCAACAAAAUACCAUUACACAACUUUCCGAAAUGGCUUCACAAGAACAUAUCACAGAAAAGAAUUAUGAGAAUGCAUUGAAAAUUCUCGAUUCACUCAUCUCUAGGAAAGCUCCUCCUCAUGAUGCAAAUGCUCAUGAAUUGAGUUUGGAAAUUACAAAAUCAUAUUGUGAUAAAAUUGGAUUGGAUCAUUCUAAAUUACAAAUGAUUCACGUGGCAGGUACCAAAGGAAAGGGAAGUACUUGUGCAUUCUGUGAAUAUAUACUGAAAAAACAAGGUCUCAAAACUGGAUUGUUCACUUCUCCGCAUCUUGUUGAUAUUAGAGAAAGAAUACGUAUUGAUGGUGGUCUGGUCUCUAAGGAAACAUUUACAAAUGCAUUUUGGUAUUGUUAUGAUAGAUUGACUCAGGAAACAACUUCUGAACAAACAUUCCCAAUGACAACCUAUUUCCGAUUGAUGGUUCUCGUCUCACUGAAGGCAUUUAUUGACGAGAAGGUUGAUGUAGCCAUUAUAGAGGUUGGUAUUGGUGGUAAAUAUGAUGCAACCAAUAUUAUUGAUCCAGUUGUGUGUGGUAUCUCAUCGAUUGGGUACGAUCACAUGGAUUUAUUGGGUGAAACCAUUACUGAAAUAUCUGCUCAAAAGGCUGGCAUUAUGAAGAAGGAUGUUCCAUGUAUUACUUGCCCUCAAAAGGAGGAAGCAUUGGCCUCUUUCAUCAAGACCUCAGAGCAAACACACGCACCUCUUUAUAUGUGUCCAUCUAUUGAGGAUUAUGAAAGAAUUCUCAAUGAGAAGGGUAGCAUUAACAAGCUUGAAAUUGGGCUAAAGGGUGAACAUCAAAGAUGGAAUGCUGCAUUGGCUAUUGCCCUUUGUAAAACAUUCUUGGAAAGGACUAAUAGAAGUGUUUCAGUAUCUUUAAGCACUAUUGAGGAAAAUAAUAUCCUUACCAAAUUUAAUCAGUGUUUGAAGGGAGAGGUUUGUGAGCCAAUUUCACAAACUCCUCUCACAUUGGCCAACUCCAAUUAUGAAACCACAACUCACAAGGAAGAACUCAAAAACUUUUUACCAUUCCACCUUUCUGAAACUUUCAUUGAAGGGUUGAAGAGUACUAGAUGGCCAGGUAGGUGUCAAAUAGUAAACUUCCCAGGAUUGGAUUUCUAUAUUGAUGGAGCUCACACUGAUGAGAGUUUGGACCUUUGUAGAAGGUGGUUUGUUCAAUGCAUUGACAAGAAUGAUCAAGCUCCUCAAGAAUUCGAAGACAUUUCCUACAUUUCAAGUGACAAUGAAGAAAAUUCCUCUCUAACCUUCCAAAGAAGAAUAGAUGCUCAAAAUUCUGAAUCCUCCAAAGAUCACAAGAAGGUCCUUGUUUUCAACUAUACAGGUGUAAGAGAUCCAAGAAAACUCUUAGCUUCCCUUACAACCUCAAAAGAAUAUUUCGAUUAUGUCAUUUUCUGUCCAACCGAUUCACAAAAGAAUAGUUUGGUAAACAAAUCAACUGGCAUGUCAAAGGCCGAGUCAGAAAAGCUUAACAACUUGAAGAAGCUUUGGAUUGAAUUAACUGGUGACGAAUCAAAAGUUUCCAUCUUCAAUAGCAUCAAUCAAGUUUUAGAUUUUGUGUGGGAUAUGAAAUCUCAACAAGUUUCAGUUCUCGUGACUGGCUCACUUUAUUUGAUUGGAGAUUUUUCCAGAAAAUUACACAAGAUUCACAGAAAUAAUCAUAAAAAUUGAACUUUUAUUCAAUCAACUUGAAUUAAAAGUACUUCUUUUCAUAAUAAAUUAAAAGCUUUUAAU